AUGAAUGAAAAUAGUGAUGAAGAUAAAAUUCAAAAGGAAAGUAUAAAAGAAAUGAAUGAAGAUAAUAUUAUUUGUAAGAAAGAUGAGAGUAAUAGUAGUUCUUAUAAAUUUAUAAGUUUUAUAAAAACUAUUGAAGAUGUAAAGGAAAAAUGGAAAAGUGGCAAUUUAUCAAGGGAGGAUAUGUUAAAAUUAAAAAAUGAUGAUAUACAUAAUAAUUAUAUAAAUAAUAAUGAUAUAAAUAGUAAUGAUAUAAAUAAUAAUGAUAUAAAUUGUAAUGAUAAUAAUAAUUAUAAUAAUUAUUAUAUUAAUAAUAAUAAUAAUGAUAAACAUUCUGGUAGUAAUAAUAAUAAUUCAUUUAAUAAUUAUAUAAAAGAAAAUAUAAAUUAUAAUACAUCCAUAGGUUGUGAUAAAAACAAUAUUAUGUUCAACUUGUUGGAUAAACAUAAAAAGAGUAUAUUUUUAAAAAACCGAAAUAAUAUAAAUACAUUUCAAUCAGAUAUUAACAGCUCUAAAACGAGCAGUUUUUUUAGUUGUAUGUCCUUGAAGAAUAUGAAUUAUCAUAAUGAUAUAAAUAAAUAUAAUAAUUAUCGUAUGAUGAAAAAUAUUAAUGGAUUACAUAAACUUAUGAUUUAUAAAAAUAAAAAUAAAGAUAAAAAGCUUUUUACUAAUACUAGUGAUAAAAAAAAUUAUUAUUGUUUAAAUAAUGGUGAUCAUAUAAUAAAUGAAAAAGAUUCUUUUUCAGAUACAUAUAUUAGUUAUGGUUGUAGGAAAAGGAGGUGGACAAAAAAAAAAAAAAAAAAUAUUUAUAAUAUGUUAUUUUGUGAUGAAUCUAUAAAUGAUUAUCCUUAUAAAACUCAAGAAAAAACAACCUUUAGUAAUUCUUCUAAAAUAUAUGAAUUAUUUUUUAAUAAAUAUAAAAAGAAAAAAAUAUUAAAUAUUGAAUGUAAUGGUAAUAAAUAUAAAGGAUUCUUAAGAACAAAUCAUUUCCCUCCAUAUGAGAAUUUUAAUUUUUCUAUACGAAGAAAAAUGCAAACAAGAAAUGUGCUUAAUCAUUUUAUGAUGGGCAAACGUUUGUUUAAUAAAACCAUAUGUUAUAGAAACUAUAUAAAAUAUGUUAAUAAAUAUAAAAACAAUAAAAGAAAUAGAGUGAUAAAUAUGUGUUUACAGAAAGCAAAAUUAGAUUCAAUAAAAGAUACAUUUGAAAAUAUUAAUAAUGGAUUACACAAUGAUAAUUUAUGUCAAAAUUUAAAUAAUAUUAAUAAUAAUAAUAUGUUAAAAAAAAAAAAAAAAAAAAAAAAAAUUUAUAACACAUCUUUGGAUCAAAUGAUUCAAGGGGAUAUUGCCUUUGAUCAGGUCAAGAAAGAGUUUAAUAAUUCUGUGUCUAAAAAUGAAAGGAAGAAUAAUAUGAAAAAACAUUCACAUGAUAAUAAAAUGAGUACAUUAAAGAAAAAUAUAAAUAAGAAACAAAGGAAUAAUAAAAAUAGUAUUAAUUCGGAUGAUAUGUGUAAUAAAGAUAGUGUUAUAGAAAAUAUUUAUACAACGCUAGAGGUCAAUAAUGAUGAGGAAAAAAAAAAAGUGUUACUUGAUAAAGAGUUUGUAUGUGAAGGGAAGAGGGGAGUUAUUCUACAAAAUAAUGACAACAUUCAUAAUAAUAAUAAUAAUAAUAAUAAUAAUGUAAAUAAUUGUGGUGAUGAUGCAAAUAAUCAUCAUGAUAAUAGAAGAGAACUUGAUACAUUGGAAGACCAAAUUAAAAGUCUAAAUAUAUUGUCGUUAAAUUUUAUUAAAUGUGAUGAGAAAUUGUUUGAAAAAAUAUACAAUGAUAUGUUUUUGAGAAUUGGUAAGAUUGUUACAAAUAAAAAGAAGAAAUAUUUUUUAAUAUAUAAAAUUGUCAAAGAUUCUUUUUUCCGUAUUUUAAUAUUAAAUACAGAAAAAUUAGAAAAAAACAUCUUACAAGUUACGGCUAUUCAAGAUGUUAUAUUGUGUGAUAAGAAUGUGAAGAUUUAUAGUGAUCCUAUAUAUAUAAGAAAUAAUAAUAAGCUUUAUGCUAUAAAGUUUUUAAAGAUUUUUUCUUUAAAAUAUAUGAAGAAGGUAAAAAAUAUGAGUGAAGUAAAUUUUUCAGAUGAUAAUGAUGAAUGUAAAAAGGAGAAUAAGGAUAAUAGUUCACAAUCUUCCAAGAGAAGCCAUAAUAUAGUUGAUAAAAAAUUAUCACAUGAAAAGAAAUCAGAGGAGAACGAUGAUGUUACAAGUGAUAAUAGUAAAGAGGAUAACAAAAUUAAAGAAGGAAUGAAAAAAUCGAAUGGAUUUAAUAUUAAUAUGGAUGACAGGGAAGAAGAUGAAAAUGAUAUUAAUGAUAAUAAUAAUAAUAAUAAUAAUAAUAAUAGUAAUAAUGUUGGUAGCAUUGAUACCGACGUCGAUUCCAAAAAGAAUAAAAAGAAAUAUAAAGGUAAAGAAAAGAAAGACUCCAAAGAAAAUAUUGAUGAUAAAAACCAGAGCGAUAGUAACUCUAGCAAUAGCAAAAAGAAAUCUAAAGUGUUAAAUAAGGCAAUUAAAAAAGAGAAUGAUAAAAAAAAAAAAUAUGAUAAAAAGAAUAUUGAAGGUAAAAGUAACAAUAAUAAUAUGCUUAGUCGUAGUAAUAGUACUAGUACUAAUGGUAGUAAUAGUAGCAGUAAAAGUAAAAGUAGUAGUAAUUGUAAGAAUAAGAAGAAUAGUGAAAUAUCGAUUUGUUCAAAAAAAGAUGAAAAGAAUUCACAGAAAAAGAAGAAUUAUAUAAAAAAGAAAAAUAAAAGUUGUAAUGAAGGAAAAAGUAAAAAGGAUAUAACAAAAUUAAAUGGUGUGAAGAAAGGAAAAAAUAAAAGUACAGAUAAAAAGAAUGUGAAAUCAAAAUUAAAUAUUAAACAUGCGAAAAAGAACAAAAAUAAUAAUAGUAAAAUUAUGAAGGGAAAAAAAAUUAUAAAUAAAAAGGAUAAAGUAAAAGGAGAAGAUAAUAAUUAUGUAUGUCUUAUAUAUGAUGAUGAAAAGAAGUUUUAUUUUAAUUUUAAAAAUUUUAAAGAUAUAAUAAAUGUUAUUAAAGGUUCAGAUGAAAACACACGAUUUUAUGUAGAUACAAAUAAUAAUAAUAAUAGUAAUAAUAUUAAUAUGAAGAAAAAAAUGAAAUUAUUUAAAAAAGUUGAAAAGUCUUUAUAUUUAGAAAAUUUAGAUAUUGAUACAGAUGAAAUAUUAUUUAGAAGACCAAAAUUUUUUAAUUGCAUUAUUGAAGAAUCUUUUGAUAAUUAUGAUAUAAACUAUGAAGGUGAAGAUGGUAAUUUUUAUGUUUUUAAAAAUAAAUUAAAUAAAAUAAGAAAAAAGGUGACUAUUAAAAAUGAGAUGGAUAAUUCUGAUAUGUAUAUAGAAUUAAAAGAUGAAGAGAAGGGAUUUAAAUAUAUAGGUUAUCGUGUGAGUUUUGAAUUAAAAAAGGAUAAUAAGAAAAAGGCACAAGUAAAAGUUGGAAUUAUAAAAUAUUAUUCUCCUAAAUAUAAACAAUUUUUUAUACAUCAUUUAGAGAAUUAUAAAUUAUAUCAAACAAAUGAUUUGACUAAAGGUAAUAAUAAUAAUAUGAAAGAAAAUGGAUUUGUUAAAAGUAGUAGAAGUUCUUAUAAUCGUGUGUCUAGUAGAUUAUCAAAUUCGAGUAUAAAUAUUAAUAAAUAUAAAAAUGUUGAGUUGAAUGAUAAGAAUAAUAUGAAAGAAAAUGUUAUCAAUAUAAUUGAUAAUGAUAAUAAUAAUAUGGACAAUAUGAAUAAUAUGAAUGAUAUGAAUGAUAUGAAUGAUAACACUUUUGUUAAUCAAAAUAAUUUAUGCACAGAUAAUAUAUUAUGUGAUGCCAAUUAUAACAUGAUGGAAAAUUAUAUUGAUGAUAUAAAUAAUAUUGAUGAAAAUGGAAAAAAAAGAAAUGAUCUUGUUUUUUCUGAUGUUAAAGGUUGGUAUUCACCAUAUUUUUAUAAUAUAAAGAUAUUAAAUAAUUAUAAAGAAUUUGAAAGAUUUGAUAUUUUAGAAAAAUGUGAUAAGAAAAAAGAAAUGAGUGAUAAUGUUAAUAAUACUUUAAAUAAAAAUGAAAUAUGUACUAUUUGUUCAAAAAGAAUAUUAUUUAUGAAAGGUCAUGACCAUUAUAGUUGUAGUUUAUCAAGUGCUAUAUAUGAUAUGUGCUCAGAAGCAGAAAAAAAAGAAAUAGAUGAAAAUAAUUGUAUAGAUAUAUAUUGGGGUAUUAAAUGUUUUACUUGUGAAAAGAAAUUCCAUGCAAAUUGUUUAGAAGAUGAAGUGUUAAUUACUAAAUGGUUUGAUAAAAAUACUUUGAUGAAGGAAUAUAAAAAAUUUAUAUAUAAGAAUAGUUUGAAGAAAGAAAAGAGAUAUUUUAAUAAUAAUGGAAAGAAGAAAAAAAAUACAAUUAAAAAAUUGAAAGAUAAAAAUAAUUCACGUGUGGUUAGUGCAGCAAGUAAUUCUAAUUCUUUAGAAGUUUCUUCUAAUGGGUCUACCAAAAAAAAGGGAAAAGAAAAGGAUAUCAAUUGUAAGAAAGGUAAAUCGAGUUGUUCAGGAUUGUCUAAAAAGGUGAAAAAGGGAAAGAAUAAAAAUGGUGAUAGUAAAAGUGGUAAGAACAAAAAUGACGGCAAAAAUGCCGAUGGUAUAAAUGUUCAAGGUUCAAAUGAUGAAAGUAUGAGUGAACAUAAAAGUAAGUCAAAUAAUAUUAAUAAUAACAAUAGUAGCAAUGAUAAUAUGAGUGAUGUAGAUAAUAAUAAAGAAAAUAUUAAAAGUAAAAAUAAAAAAUAUCGAAGAUGUAUAAACUAUAUACCAUCAGUUGAAUAUAGUGAUAUUACUUAUAGAAAAUAUAUUUGUAAAGAUUGUUAUCGUUGUAUUUAUUGUUGUGAAAGUAUUUAUGAUUAUAAACAAACACCCAAUGUUGCUAAUUAUGUUAUAUGUAAGAAUUGUAAUAUGGUAGCUCAUGGUUCAUGUUGUUUUCCAAAUGUUCCUGAUAUAUAUUUAUUUAAUUGGAAAUGUGAUGAUUGUUUAAAAUGUAAUAAAUGUAAUUAUUCAAACUUAUGUUAUAUUAAUUAUAAUGAAUGGGAAUUACAUUUAGAUUGUUGUAUUAAUUGUUAUAAAGAAUAUGAGAAGAAGAAUUUUUGUAUUAUGUGUAAUGAGAAAUAUGAUGAGGAUAGUAGUAAAAAAUGGGUUCAAUGUGAUGUAUGUAAAUUUUGGAUUCAUUUAAGUUGUGAUAAAAAUGAAAGUCGAAAUAUUGAAACGUUAUCUAAUAAGAAUACAGAUUAUAAAUGUCCAACAUGUAGUAUAGGAACAUUUCAUGAUAAAAUUGAGCGUAUAUUAUAUUUAUUAUUUUUAUUAGAUAAAUAUAAAAAUUUCACAUUUCAUGUUCCAAUUAAUUAUUCUAUAUACUGGAGAAUUGUAAAAAUACCUAUGAAUUUAUAUAUAAUGAAAAAAAAAAUAUGGGAAAAAAAAUAUGAUACUAUUUUAGAUUUUUUAUAUGAUUUUAUGUUAAUUAUACAUAAUGCAAAAAUGGUUCAUAUGCCUAAUACACCAAUUUAUAAAAAUGCAUGUAUUUUUGAAAAAAAGGGUAGAGUUAUAAUCAAAAAUAUGUUUAAUAUGACAAAUGAGUAUUUGAAUAAAUGUAUAGAAGAUUGUAUUGAUAAUUAUAAAAAUGAAAUUAAUAAUUUGGAUUCGGACCAAAUUGGUCAUGAUAAUAAUAAUAAUAAUAAUAAUAAUAAUAUUGAUAAUACUAAUAAUAGUACUACUAGUAUUAAUAACAAAAUGGAAUGUAUAAAUAAUGACAGUGUCUUAUUUAUGACUGAUAGGUUUAAUAAUAAAUUGUAUGACAAAGAUAAAGCAAAUAUGUCAAUUGUACAAAGUGAAAAAGGAACUCUAAAUGACAUAUAUAAUAAUAAUAAUAAUAAUUAUAAUUAUUUUAAAUUGGAAACCUUUUCUGGGCAAAAUAAUAUAAAAUUAAACGACCAUUAUAUGAAUAAAGAAGGAUGUAAUAUUCUUUCAAAUGAUAAUAAUAUAAACUAUGAUAAUUAUAAUAAUGUUAAUAAUAUGGGUAUAAAAAAAAUAUAUACAAAUAUAAAUGAUUAUAAUUCUUCAAAGGUACCAAAUGAAUCGUUAUAUAAUAAAGAAAAUUUUAUGAACACCUCCAGUAUAUAUAAUAUAAAUGAGAUUAAUACAUAUGAUUUAAAUUGUGAUAAAAAUUUAAUAUUGGAUAAUAAAUAUAAUUUAUCAACAUAUGAAAAUAAUGGCGAUAUAAUGAAUAAUAAUUAUGUGUAUCAGAAAAAUAUGAAUAUAUCUAAUACGUUAUAUAAUAAUAUGAUUAAAGAGGGAGAAAAAUAUAUAUUAAAUAAUGAGGAUAUGAAUAAUAUUAGUAUUCCAAAAAAUAAUGAUGUAAAUAAUAAUUGUAAUAAUGCUAUGAAUAUAUUUAGAAAACGUAAACUAGAACAAUAUAAAAAGGAUAUUACGCAAUAUGAAUUAUAUGAAUUAUUUGAUUUUAAAAAUGAUUCUUUUUUUAUUAAUAGGAAUAAGGAUAUAUUUUCUUGUUCUACAAAUGAUCAUAAUUUAAUUGAUUAUAAUAUCCUAUAUGUUAAAAUGAAUGGUAAAAUAUAUUUUAAUACAUUUUAUGAUAAGCAUGAUGAAUUUGAUGUAUGUAAAAUAAUCAAAGUUCAUUUUUUGAACCAUAACAAGAUAGGUGGGAACCAUAUUAUGGGUUCUAAGAUGGGAGAUAAUAAGAACGUAAAGGAGGCUAUUACACAAUAUGAAGAGGAGAACAUGGAAAAUAAUAAUGAUAAUAAUUGUGAUGAUGAAUAUAAUAAUAUUAGUAAUAAUAAGGUACAUAUGAAUGAUGCUUAUAAUAAUUCACCAAAUGACAAUACUCUUAUUAAUAAUAAUAAUAAUUGUAGUCUAUUUAUAAAUAGUAACAUAUUUAUGAUUGACGUAUUAAAUGAAAAAGUAAAAAUUAAUAAUAUCGUUAAAGAAAAGAAACGAAUUAUUAAUCCUAUUAAUAAUGUUUUAAAAUUUUUAAAGUGUAUACAAAUAGUUUUUUUUUAUGAUAAUAAUACAAAUGGAUGUAAAAAAGAAGAGAUGAAUAUAAUAUCAUCUAAUAUGUGUAAUAAUAAUAAUAAUAUUGAAAAGUAUGUAAAUAUAAAUAAUAUUGAUCAUAAUAUUAUAGGUGGAGACAAGAAAAGGAAAAGUGUUGAAGAAAUAAUAUCGUUAGUAGAUAAUAAAAGUUACAAUGGAUUUAAUAAAGGUUCAGAAUAUAUAUUAUAUUCUUCAAAUGAAUAUGAUAGAGAUAUAAGAAAAGAGAAUAAAAGAAUAAAACUAUUAAAGAAUGAUAUAUUAAAAGAAUGUUGUUAUGUAUGUGGAUCUAUAGAAUAUGAAAAUAAUUUUAUUUAUUGUUCUACAUGUGGUAUAUCAAUACAUUAUUCAUGUGCUAAUAUUGUGCAUCCGUUUAUAUUUAAUUUGAAUAAUUAUAAAGAUCAUAAAAAAGAAAUAAAUAAUAUUUUAAAUAUUAUUACAAGAAAUUUUAAAUGUGAUAAUUGUAUAAAGUGUGAUAACUGUUUAUUACCUUUUGAUUCGUCUUUAAAAUCUAAUUUAUAUUUUAAAUUAAAAAACUUGAAUGUUUCUUGUAAUAAGAAUAUGGUGGAAGGAAGAACAUAUAAUUAUCUUUAUGAUUUAAAUGUAAAGGUUUUAACUUCAAAUAAAGAGAGUAAUAAACAAACAGGGAAAUGUUUGAUGAGGACAAAAGAAAGCAAUAUUAUAAAAUUGGACGAUGAGAAUAAACAAAAGGAUGAAAUGAAUGGAAUAAAUGAAAUGAAUAGAAUGAAUGGAAUGAAUGAAGAAGAUAAAAAAAUUUUGUAUAAGCAGGACGAUGUUCAGGUUGAAAAAAGUUGUAAUGAAUUAUUACCUAACCAUUGUUUUAGUUUUGAGGUGAGUAAUAAAAAUGAGAUUAUGUCCGAUGUGGUUGUUGAUAAGAAUGAAAAAAAAAAUAAUGAUAAUAUUAAAAAUAAUAAUAAUAAUAAUAAUAUUAGUGAUGACCAUACCUUUGUUGAUGGUGAUGUGAACAAAUUAGAAAAUCAUUUAAAUAAAUCAAAUGAUAUUUUAAUAAAUGAAGAAAAUAAUAAUAAUAAUAAUAAAGAUACCCCCAAAUGUGUUAUAAGUAGUAAGGAUGAAAUAAAUAAAGAAAUAGUAAACAUGAAUAUUCAAAUGGAUAAUAAAAAUAUUGAUACAGAUACAAAAAAUAUUUCGAAUGAAGAAAUAAUUUUAGAUAGUAGUAAAAAUAGUCAUGAUAAGGAAUAUAAUGUUUUAAAUAAUGAGUCAGUCAAAAAAUCUUUUAAUUCUUGUAAGAUAGAAAAAAUAGGAAGUAUUGAAAAAGAUGAUAACUUAGGACAUGUGAAUAAAUUAAGAAAUAAAAAAUUAGUAAAAAUUUUAAGUAUACUUGAGGAAGGAAAUAAAUUAAUAAAAUGCUUUUGUUGUGGUAAACCAUCACAUGAUAAAUGCUUUUAUAGAAUUGAUAAUAAUAGUAAUAAAAAUAAAAUAUGUACAUUGAAAAAAGCAGUUAAAAAUUAUGUAAGAAAAAAGAAUGUGGAAAAUAAAUGUAAUUCAAAAGUGGAAAUGAAUUCAGAUGUAAUAAUAUUGGAUGAUAAUACAAAAGAUUAUUGUAGUGUGAAAAAAAUGGGUGAUGAACAUAUGAAUGAUAAUGGAUUUAUUGAUAUUUCACAGAAUAAAAAUUGUGAUGAAAAUAUUUUAGUUCAAUCAUUUAAUAGUGGUCUGAUAUGUAAUGAUGAGAACAAGAAAGAUGAAGUUAUAUAUAUAGAUGGAAAUGAUGAAAAUAAUGAGAAUUCACUUAAUGAAGAGAAAGUAAAUAAUUAUACUUCGAAUGAGGUUAAUAAUGUGUUGAAAAAUGAGGAGAAUGUUGAAUGUAGAAGUGAAUUCCAUAUAGAAAAGAACGCAUAUAUAUGUAAUGAAUUGGUUGAAAAUAAUUCAGAAGGUAAUAAUAAUAAUACUACCAGUAAUAGUAAUCAUAACAAUAAUAAUAUUAGUAAUAGUAGCAAUAGUAAUUGUAAUAAUAAUGUGAGUAUUUUAAAUAGUUCUACCAAUAAUACUAUGAACACAAUUAAUAAAGAAUCCAAGAACAAUGAUAAUAAUAUGAAUAAUAUAAAUAAGGAUGAUAAUAUUCAUAUUAAGAGUAAUAAUAAGAAGAACGUAAAAGAUAAUAAUGAAAAUAUUAUGAUUACACACAAUAUUGAUAAGAACGAUCGUAAUUUAGAUACAAUCUUAAAAGAACAUUCUGUUAUUAUGAAGAAAUUAGAUGAGCUUAAAGAGAAUAGAAAUAAAGAACAUGGUGAUGAUUUUUGUAAUAAUCUUAUUUUAAAUAAUCAGUUUCUUAUUCAUUCUUUUAAAGUAGAAGAGGGUGUUGAAAUAAAUAAAGAUAGUAUUAUUAUAAAUAAGAAAAUGUUUAAUAAAUAUAUAUUAAAUAAAGUAUAUGAAUUAUUAGAUAAUAAGAAAAGAGUAAAAAUAAAAGAUUUAUUCAAUUUAUUUAAUUUAGAUGAAUUUAGAUGUAGUUUUAUUUUAUAUGAAGUUUUAAAUGCUUUGAAUACAUAUCUGAAUGAAAAAUUAAAAGAAUAUAAUCUGACAAAAAUUAGAAAGGGUACAUAUAAAAAAUAUGAUAAUGAAAAAAAAAAAAAUGAAAACUUUUGUUUAUUUAAUAAAUAUUUAAUAGUAAAUAAUCGAGAUAAAAUUAAUAUUACAAAAGUUGUAUUAAAAAUCCAAUCUUUGAUUACUGAGAUUUUAUCAGAUGCUAUGAAUGGAAAUAUAGUAGAUGAAAAAGAUAAGAAUAAAAAGAAAGAUACAGUAUCAGAUAUAAAUAUAAGAAGUAAUAUAAAAGAAUAUAAUAAACAUAAUGGUUGUAUUAAUAUAGAUAUAAAUAAUUAUUUUAAAGGUGAGUAUAUUAAUUUCAAGCCUAUUCUUUGUAGUUCUGAAUUUAAUAUGGAUACUAAUGCACAAAUUUUUUUACAAAACAAGGCAAAUUUAACUAUGUUUCAAAAAAGUGCAUCAUAUAAUAAUAAUAUUGAAAAUAAUGAUGUCAUUAACAAUAUGAAUAACAAUAUGAAUAACCAUAUAAAUGACAAUGACAUAUUCAAUAAUGAUGGAUCGAAUAAUGUUGAUAUGCAUCAUAAGAGUGAACAGAUAUGUAUUUUAAAUUCAAAUAAUAUACAAAGUGUGCCAGUAUUUGAUAAUAAACCUUAUAUGAAUAAUACUUUUAACAAUAUUGUAGUUGUAAAUAAAUCAAAUAAUAUAAAUGAUGAUAAUAUCUUAUGUAAUGUGAAGAAUUUAUAUAAUAAAAAUAUAUGUAAUGAAAAAGAAAAGAAUGGUUUUUCUCUUGUUCAGAAUAAUAUAUGUGAUAUUCAUUUGCCUUAUAAUGAUACAAAUAAAUGUAGAACAUAUACAUAUACAAAUGUAAAUAAUGGUAGUGUAAUUGAUUGUAGGAAAUGGUCUUCUAUUAAUAGAUCGAUAAGUUUGAAUAAUAUGAAUUAUAUUAGAAGUAGCACUAAUCCUAGGAUUUUAUCAACUACUGAUCAUAUAUUAAAUAAUAAUAAUAUGAAUAAUAUGAAUAAUAUGAAUAAUAUGAAUAAUAUCAAUAAUAUCAACAAUAUAAACAAUAUCAACAAUUUGAAUAAUGUGUCGUGUUUUAUGGUGCAAAGAAAAAUUCGAAGUAAUAGUUUACAUGAUAUGAAAGAUAAAGUUCAUAACAUAAAUGAUAAUAUUAAUAUAAACAUAAAUAAUCUCAAUAUUAUUAAUAAUAAUAUUAAUAUAUGUAAUAUGAACUAUCCUAUUGAUUGUGUUGAUACUUUGAAUAAUACUUUCAAUAAUAAUAAUAUUAUUAUUUCACCAAAUAGAAAAGAAAACACAAAUAUAUUAAACUUUAAUCGAUAUGAUUCAUAUAAUAAUAAUAUUAAUAAAGAAAAUAAUUUUAGUACCUCCAAUUUUAAUAACUCAUUUCAUGUAGGUAAUUUAGAAAAAUCUUAUAGUUAUAAUAAUACAAUUUAUGAGAAAAAUGUGAAUGAAGUGAUAGGUUCAAAUAUAUUAAACAAUAUGAACAGUAUUAAUAAUGUUAUAUCUUAUAAUUGUAUGAAUCCUAAUAUGAAGGAUAUAAAUUUUCAUAGUAUGAGGAGAAGUAGUAGUACCCCUAAUAAAAAUAGUGGUUUAUUAAAAAAUUAUUGUAAUAUAGGUAUUGAUCAAUAUAAUAAAACAAAUUCACAUAUAAUGAAUUGUAAUGUGUCAAUAAAUAAUGAAAUGAAUAAUAUGUAUAUUAAAAAUAAAAAUAAUAAUAGUAGUGAUGUGAUGAAUAUGAAAAGUGUUGCAACUUUUUAUAAUCUUAACCAAAUGAAUGAAAGUCAAAAUAAUAUUAUUAUUAAUAAUAAUAUAAAUGUUAAUAAUUUAAAUUACAUUUCAAAUAAUAAAGAAGUAGGACUUAAAGAAAAUGAUUUGAAUAGAAAUAAAGAAGUAUAUACCAUAGAUGAAGAUAAGUAUGAAAUGAAUGCUUCUAAUAUGUAUAAGACAUUUCAGUAUUGUAAUUCAAAGGAUAAUAAUUCUAGUAAAUCUUCAUUGAAAAGUAAUAUAUUAAAGUUAGAUAAAAUAAUAUGCAGCAAUAAAAAGAAACCAUUAUUAUAUAAUAGAAGUAGUAGCAGUAUGCUUUCUUGUGAUAAGGUUACAUAUAAUGUUCAGAAUAAUAAUAGAAAUAGUCCUGAAAAAUUUACAUCUGAUAUUAUAAUUGAUAAAGAAAGAAAUAUGGAAAAUAAUUAUAAUACCUCAAUAAAUUGUUUAAAUAACAAUAUUACGAAUAAUAUUAUAGUAGGUAAUAAUAAUUGUUCCAGUGGUGCAAAUAAUUUUAUUCAAAUCAAUUAUAGUCCUUCAUCGAAUAUAAUAAAUAUUAAUAAAGAUAGUUAUAAAAGUAAUAUAUCGUUAGAUAGUUCUGUUGAUUUGGGUAGUACAAAUAUGUGUAUGAAUAAUAUGAAUAAUAUGAAUAAUGUGAAUAAUGUGAAUAAUAUGAAUAAUAUGAAUAAUAUGAAUCAUGUGAAUAAUAUGAAUAAUAUGAAUAAUAUAGUCGUUGAAAAUUUUGCAUCCCAUAUUGGAAGCUAUCCAAAGGAGAAAAAUGGAUGUAAGGAUGAAAUGAAUGAAGAUAAUAAGAAAAAAAGAAAAUUAAAUAGUCUAUCUAUGAACGAUAUAUUAAUCAAAAAAGAAAUGAAUUGUGACGAUAAUAUAAAUUGUAAUGCAAACAAAUCAGUAAAUGAAAGUACAAAAGAGGACGAUGUGGUGAUAGAAAAAGUUGGUACUAAAGAAAAUGAACUAACAACAACAACAGAAAAUAUAAAAUCAAAUGAAAUGGAAGAUAAAGAAUAUAUGGAUAGAAAAAAAAAAAGAAAGAUAAGUGUCAAGGUUAAAGUUAAGAUGGAGGAUAAAGAAAAUAAGGAGAAUAAAAAAAAAGGAAUUAAAAAAGAAAAGAAUGAUAUAGAAAAAAAUAAGAAUAAUAAUGAAAUAAAUAAAAAUGAUAAUGAAAAAAAUAAAAAUGAUAAUGAAAAAAAUAAAAAUGAUAAUGAAAAAAAGACGAAGGAAAAUAAAAAGGGUAAAGAAAAAAGUGUAAAGGUAAGAAAGACGAAAAAUCAAACUCAAGUGGAAAGGGAGAAUGUAAUAAUGGAUGGAACAAAUGAUAAAACAAAUAUUAUGACAAAUAAUAUAAUAAAUGAUUCCUUAUACUUAAUUCAAAAUAACAAAUCUGUUAAUAAUAUUGAUUGUAAUACAUCAUUGUGUAUAGCAGAUGGAUAUACCAAUUUAAUAAAUUGUGAGGGAAGGAAAAUCGGAAAAUAUUAUAUUGAAGAGAAUAAUAUAAAUGAUGAUAACAUGUCUCAUUAUUCAGAUGUUUUUGAUUCUGAUGGAAGCAUAAAAUAUAAAGAUGAAUAUAAUACAAUAUAUAUACCAAACAGUAAAAAUAAAAUUAAUAAUAUAAAUAAUUUUUUAACAAAAAAUAAUUUACAAUUGAAAUCGAAAUUUAUGAGAAUAACUCCUAAUACAUAUUUAUGUCGUAAUUGUGUUUUGUUAUAUGAAAAUGAUUUUUCUUUUAAUAUAUAUCAAGAAGAGAUGAAUAAAAUGGAAGGAAGUUUUUUGAAUGAAUAUGAAAAGGUGGUUAUAAAAAAGAAUGAAGAAUAUGUUAAUGAUACAAUUAAUAAUGACAAGGUUUUAAAUAAUGAUGAAAAUAUUAUGAAAAAUGUUUUGUCAUAUAAGGUUGAUGAUAGGAACGUUGAAAUGUUCAAUUCAACUUUGAAUGUGGAAAAAAAAAAUAUUGAACAAAAAAUAAUAUAUGUAAAACAAGAACAAGUUGAACUAUGUAAUGAUAAAAAGUAUAAUGAUCAAAUGAAAGAGGUUGAGGAGGAGGUCGAGAUGGAUGAUAUAGAUAUUAAGAAUGAAAAAAAAAAUACUGUUAUGAUUCCAUAUGAAGAGAAAUGCACAGGAAUAAAUAAUAAUUCUUCUAUUUUUAUGUCAUCAAAAAGGUGUGAUAAAUAUGUAACAAAAAAAAAAGGUAAAGAUAAAAAUUUGAAUAAUAUAAAAUAUUUCAAAAUUAAUAGUGAUAAAUCUGUUUGGUAUGAUGACUAUAUAUAUUGGAUGAAUAAAAUAUCAUUAUAUAAUAACAUAUUUUUUACAAAUAUGUAUUAUAAAGAGGAUAUAAUUAAAUCGAUAGAUAUGAAUAAUUUAUUUGUUAAUAAAAUGAAUAUAUAUAAAUGUUCCAUUUGUUGUAUGCUUUAUAAUGGUAGUAAUAAUGUAAAUAGGAAUAAUUUUUUUAUUAAUAAUGAAGAUAUGAUAAGAGAAAAGAAGGGAACAAAUGAUUUUUUCAAAUUACUAUAUAUUUGUAAUUUGUGUUGUAUAAAAUAUGAGUAUAUUUUGAAAAUAAUAAAAUAUAAAGAAAAUAAUAAAUGUUGGAAUGAAUUUUAUACAGACAAUAAUUAUAAAAAUAAUUUCUAUGAACUUAUAUAUUUCAUCAUUAAAAUAGUAUAUAAGAAUAUAUAUAUACAUAAUUUUUUUAAUAUAUUUUGUUACAUUAUUGAUAAUAUAUUUAAAGAAUAUAAGACAGUGAAUAUGAAAUGGUUGAGUCUUUUCCUAUUUUCAAAUAAAUAUUUUAAGUAUGAAGAAUUUUAUCAUUUUUUUAAUAACAAAAUGAAGAAGGAUGAUACAACAUUUAAAAAAAUAUUUCAUAUGAAAAAUGAAUGUCCUAUGUAUAGAUAUUCGAAGAAAAGUAUUAUGUAUUAUAUAUUAAGUUUAUUUUAUAAUAAAAUAUAUAAUAUAAAGAAGAAAAUAAGAUAUAUACAUAACAAACAAAGGAAUGUAACCUAUAAAAAUUGCGUAUAUUUUAAUAUAUAUGAAUUAGCUAGAAAGAAGUUAUAUGAUUAUUUAGAGAAAAGUCAAAAACCAUUUGAUGAAAUAAUAAAUAUGUGUUUAUAUCUUUUAUAUUUAUAUUAUCUAUGUAAUAUAUUGUAUAAAUGUGUGAAGAAAAAUAAUUAUUUAAAAAGGGAGAAAGCAAAAGAGGACAUAUUAUAUGAUAAUAAAAGGAUUAGUUGUAAUAAAAAGGGAAGAAAUAUUAAAAUGAUUUUAAAUAUAAUUAAUUCUGAUGAGUACAUAAAUGUAUAUAAAAUAUUUCAUGGGAAAGGUAUAUAUGAAUUUCCAUUUUAUGUAAAUAAAGAAAGAAUAACAAAAAAAAAGAUGAAUAGGGUAAGUGAAUUUAUUAAUAAAAAUAAUGAUGAUAAUUAUAAUGAUAAUAAUAAUAAUGAUGGUGAUCAUAUAUAUAAUCAAAAUUGUAAUGGCAGUUCCUAUGUGUGUGGUAUUAAAAAAGUGCAUGAAUGCUUAAAAUAUAAAGAGGGUAAUAAAAACGAUAUUAUAAUUAUUAACAAUGCAAGUAUUGACAGCACAAGUUCUAGUAUAAACAUAAACAAAAGUGUUAUUAGUAGUAUUUAUUCAUAUAAUAGUAAUAAAGAGAAGAAAAAAUAUAUGAGAAAAUGUAUAAAAGAAUUACACCAUACAAUUAAGAACAAAUUAAAUUUAUAUGUUAAAAUAAUGCUUUAUAAAUAUAUUGAAGAGAGUUAUAAUUAUUUAAAUUAUAAAAAUGAACAUAUAAAGAAAACCAUUGAGUAUAAAAAUAAAGAUGAUAAAAUAUGCUUCUUGUGUAAUUUUAGUAAUUAUAUAUAUAAAGGAAGACUUAUACCUUUUUAUGAUAUUUAUAUACAUAGUGAAUGUUUGAAAUGGAGCUUAAAUUGUACCCAAUGUUGUUAUGAAGAAAUUAAAAAUAAAACAGUAGUAAGUAAUAAUAAGAGUAUGAAAGUGGAUCUGCACUUUCAAAAUGUAGAUGAUAUAAAUAAUAAUAAUAUAAAUGAUAACACUGAGAAUAAUAUAAAUAUAUCAGAUAAUAUUAUUAAUGGUCCAAAAAAAAAUAACGAAACAAACAGCAACAACAAUAAAAAUAAUAAUAAUAAUAAUAAAAAGAGUGCACAGAAAAAAAAAGAUAGUGUUAAUGAAGUGAAAAAGAAUCAAAUUAUUACAAAUAAUAAGAAAAAAAAAGCUAGUAAAGAUAUUGAAGUAUUAAAAAGUGAUAAUACAAAGAAUAACAAAACAAAAGAUUUAGAUUCAAAUAAUAAUGAUAAAAAAAAAUCGGAAAAGAAUAAUUUAAUUGAGAAUAAAGAUAAUAAUGAAAUAACAUGUAAAAUAGAUAAUGAUGUAAUAAAUAACACUCCAAUAAAUGAUCCUUCUUUGAAAGAAAAAAAAUGUAAAACGAAAGAAAAGAAUAGAGGUUGUAAGAAUAAUAAUAUAAAAAACAUAAAAUUAAUGGAUAUAUGUCAAUGGAAAGAAAAUCGAAAUUUUUAUAAUAUAUAUGAAAAUAUGAUAGAAGUAGAUGAAGAUAAUGUUAAAGAAAUUAUAUAUGAUUCUAUAAAAUCAACUUGUUUCUUAUGUGGUUAUAAUAAUGCAAGUGUUUAUUGUAGUAAUGAAGAUUGCAAUGUUAAAUUUCAUUUGAAUUGUGCCUUUUACUCUACUGUUAUAAAAGAUCCUAGUAAUAAUCCUUUUUUUCGAUAUUUUAAAUGUUUUAAUUUAAUUGAAUUUAAUAAGGAUACCAUAUUUUAUAAAAAUAUGAAUAAUCCUCCAAAUAUGAAUACGUGUGUAUCAUCUUAUGUGUGUAGUGAUAACCCAUAUUAUAAAGAAACAAUCGAAAAUAAUUAUGGUGAUAUUUUCCCUGUUCAUAUUAUAUAUAAAAUUAAAAAAAUAUGGUGUAAUAAAUGUUGGAAUAAGAAAAAGAUAUACAAUUUGUUUUAUUUACAAAAAUGUUUUAUGUCUCCUAAUUAUUAUGAUAAUAUGAAAACUGAGGAAGGUGGUUCUAAUAAUAUGAAUGUUAUGAAGACAGAUAAGAGUGAUAUACAGAAUAAUGAUAUAUUAUAUGAUCUAAAGGUUGAUAAGGAAUAUUUUAAUUUAAGAAAUAUAUUAAUGGAUGAGAAUUUUUGGAACAACAUUGUAGUAAAUAAAAGGAACUGUAGGAUGGAAAUACCAAAAUAUAAUGAUAAGAUGAAAAGAAAGAAUAAUAGUAUAGAUAAUGAAGAUGUAAUAAAAGAUUUAUGUGGCGUUAAAGAAAAGAUGUCAUUUGAUAAAAAUAAAUUAUAUGAUAUAUUAUUAAAAAUAGAUAUGAAAGAUAUACUUAAAUAUUUUAUAGAUUUUUACUUUGAAAAUGGAUCGUACUACAUAUUAGAUAAUAUAUUAUAUAGUGUAAAUCACUGUGUAAAAAUAAAGUAUAAGAAGAAAUCUUUAUAUAACAUACAAGAUAUAUUAAAUAAAGAAAACAAAAUUGGAAAUAUGAUGAGAGAAUUAGAAGGUUUGAUUGGUAAAUAUGUGAAUAAAAAUAAUGAUAAUAAUUAUAUGGAUACAAAAUAUGACAUGUUGUUAUCGAGAAGUAUAAAAAGUGACAUAAAUAAUAAUAUUAAUAGUAAUAAUAAUAAUAAUAAUAAUAAUAAUAACAAAAAUAAUGAUAGUAUCAAUAAUAAUAAUAAUAAUAAUAAUAAUUGUUUUUAUUAUUAUCAUAAUAGUGAGGGACAAGAUAAUGAACAGGAUACUAACCAACAUAUAGAUAUACAAAAUAUUAUUAACGAUAAAAGUGUAGAAAAUCUUAUCAAAGGUUAUUUUAUUUUAAAAAAUUUUCUUCAUAUAGGUAAUAACAAUAUAAGCUUACAAAAUGAAGAUCUUUUAAUUUUAAAGAAAAGUGAGAAUUCUUUUGUUCAUAAUUUAUAUGAUAAUGAUAAAAUAUAUAAUGUGCAUAUUCCAUAUGUGUAUACGAAAAAAAUGAACACAAGUUAUAUAAAUAAAAAAGAGGAUGAUAGGUUAUAUAACAAGAGUAUUAAUAAGAAUAUUUGUAAGACUAAAAGUUCCAUAUUAGAUAAUAGCAAUAUUGAUAAUAAUAAAAUAACAAAAAAAUAUACACCUUUUAUAAUUGACAGUAAUGAAUAUACAACUGAUUGUUCAAAUGACGAAAACUAUACAAGUGAUGAUGAAGAAAAUGAAAAUAGAAAAAAUGAAAUUGAUGAUGAUAAUAUUCCAGAAUAUAUAAAAAUGAAUAGUAUUAUGAAUCUUCAACAAAAGAAAGAAAAUGAUUUUAAAAAUAUUAAUUUAUAUUUUGAAUUAACUAAUGUAAUUAAAAGGGUUAGUAUAAAUAAACUAGAAGGGAAUUAUUUUAAUUAUGAUGAAAAAGAAAAUUUAUUAGGUACGGAUGUGUUAAAAAUGAAUGAAAUGUUAGAAUGUAAUGUUGAUUGUGAAAAAAAUGAUGAUGAUAAUAAUAAUAACAAAAUAUUUGAAGUAGAUGAUGAAGAAAAAAAAAAGAAAAAAAGAAAAAAUCAAACGAAAUUUUAUAGCUAUCCUAAAAGGUUAAGUAUAACAAAUAAUAAUAAAAAUGUGAAUGAUCUAGUAAACUCAUUAAAUAAUAAUUUAAUAAAUAAGAAGGAAUAUUUUUUAAAUAUUAUUAUGAAUGAAAACAAUGAUUUGUAUAUUAAAAAGAUUAAUGAUAAAUAUUUUGCAAAUUAUCAAAACAAGAGAAAAAAUAAAAGAUUAGACAAUAUAGCACAUAUGAAAAAUAAUAAUAAUAAUUAUAAUAAUUAUAUAUAUAAUUUUCAUAGUAAUAAUUCCCAAUCUAGAAUUUUAAAAGUUGGUUGUCAUAAUAUUUUAAAUAUUGGUGAUAUAUUAAAAUAUGAUGGUGAUAAAAUAAUUUAUCCAUGUGGUUAUUUGAAUAUGAGAAUAUUUUAUAAUUUGCCAUCGUAUUACUUAUUUCAAAUAUAUAAUAAUGCUAAUAUUGAUGAUUUAAAUAGAAAGACCAAAUUAUUAGAAAAAAUAUUUUUACAACUAAGAGCUACAUAUAUUUUUUCUAUAACAUUAAGAGAACAAAAUUUCUUUUUUUCAAUUAUAUUGUUUCCUCUAAUAAAUAUAGAUUAUUUUUCAGAAUCUGAUGCUAAGAAUUUUAUUCUAGCAGAAGGUUAUGAUAUAAAUGAGGUUUAUAUGAAAUUUUUAUCAUUAUUUGAUUCACAAAAUUAUAGUUGUGAUGAUAUGAAUAAUGAUUAUUCUCACUAUAAUGUGAAAUAUGGAAAUAUAUACAAAUGUUUGGAAACUUAUAUUUUAAAAUCUGUGGAAUAUCAUAAAUUAGUAGAUUCUCAUGCCUUUUUUGGAUUAACCUUACCAUGUGUAGUUUAUCAAAUAAAAUAUAGGUUGUUUAAAUAUAUGUAUAAAAAUUUGAGUGAAAAAAUUAAAAGUUAUAUUAAAAAAUCGAAGGACAGUGUUAUGAAAAAAAGGAUAAAGGGAUGUACUAGAGAAGUCGUAUAUAAUGACAACAUGCUUUGUAAAUAUUCCAAUUUGGAUACAACAAUAUUUAAGGAAAAUGAAAAAGAAAAUGAGAAGAAUAUAAGAAAGACUGUUAAAUAUAAAUACAACAUUAAUAGUGCAAUGUCUUACAGAUAUUUAAUGAAUAUUUCAUCUAAUUUAAGAUUAUAUGUAAAGAAAAGUUCAAUUCAUGGAUAUGGAUUAUAUACUUGUGAAUUUAUUAAUGAAGGAGAGCCCGUUAUUGAAUAUAUUGGUGAAUAUAUUAGAAAUAUUAUAAGUGAUAAGAGAGAAAAGUAUUAUGACAAAAUAGAAAGUAGCUGUUAUAUGUUCAGAUUAAAUGAGAAUAUAAUUAUUGAUGCAACAAAAUGGGGAAAUGUCAGCAGAUUUAUAAAUCACAGUUGUGAGCCAAACUGCUUUUGUAAGAUUGUUAGCUGUGAUCAAAAUUUGAAACACAUUGUGAUUUUUGCUAAAAGGGAUAUAGCAGCCCAUGAAGAAAUAACAUACGAUUAUCAGUUUGGUGUUGAAUCUGAGGGAAAAAAAUUGAUAUGUUUAUGUGGCUCAAGUACUUGUUUAGGAAGAAUGAAUUAA